UUCUAAAAAUGCAAAAAACCAACCCUUUAAACAGUGAAGACUGAAGAGUACGUUAAAUUUUUUCUCUCUUUUGUUUUAAUUAAGCUCUACCUUUCACUUUGCAAGCUUGCAUUUCCAUUCGCCUUUCUCAUUGCCAUAAUUCCCAGAAAAAAAAAAAAAAAAAAAAAACCUCACAAUGUCCACUACAACCCCAGAAGAACCCGAAUUGCAAAACGGAGUCGUACCCGAACGAAACUCGAAUUCCGAAUUAGAACCAGAACCACAACCCAAACCAUCAGACCCACUGCCUCAGCCUGAAUCACAACCAGAGCAAGAGGCUCCAGAACCGAAGCCAGAACCAGAACCAGAAAUCACCGAUGCGGAUCCAAAUCCCGAAGAUCCGAAACCAAGUCCGAUCCAAUCCAAUGGAUCCGAGAACGCAACGGACAAAGAGGCUCAAAUUUCGAAGCCGGAGCUGCGCAAAGACGAAGGGAGCCGAACUUUCACGAUGAGAGAGUUGCUCCACGGUUUGAAAACCGAAGAAACCGAUGCCACCUCGCCUUACAGUCAAGAAAGCCCACAGCAACAUGUGGAUCAAAAUGAUGCUGCCAUGGACCUAAUUAGUAGUGUCACGGGAGUAGAUGAGGAAGGUCGGUCUCGCCAACGGAUUCUUACAUUUGCUGCUAGGAGGUAUGCUUCUGCAAUAGAGAGAAAUCCAGAAGAUUAUGAUGCACUAUACAAUUGGGCAUUGGUUCUUCAGGAAAGUGCAGAUAAUGUUAGUCAAGAUUCUACUUCACCUUCUAAAGAUGCUUUGCUUGAGGAAGCUUGUAAGAAGUAUGAUGAGGCUACCCAUCUCUGCCCUACGCUUCAUGAUGCUUUCUAUAAUUGGGCUAUAGCGAUCUCUGAUCGGGCAAAAAUGCGUGGUCGUACAAAGGAGGCUGAAGAACUAUGGAAGCAGGCUACAAAAAACUAUGAAAAAGCUGUCCAACUCAACUGGAACAGUCCUCAGGCACUUAAUAAUUGGGGACUUGCUCUGCAGGAACUCAGUGCAAUUGUUCCAGCACGAGAAAAGCAAACAAUUGUAAGAACUGCAAUUAGUAAGUUCCGUGCAGCAAUACGGUUGCAAUAUGACUUCCAUCGGGCAAUUUACAACCUUGGAACUGUUUUGUAUGGCUUAGCAGAGGAUACAUUACGAACUGGGGGAUCCAUCAAUGCUAAAGAUGAAUUGUAUAGCCAAUCUGCCAUCUACAUUGCAGCUGCUCAUGCCUUGAAACCAAAUUACUCAGUUUACAGCAGUGCCUUGCGGCUGGUGCGUUCCAUGCUACCUUUGCCGCAUCUUAAAGUUGGGUAUCUGACUGCACCACCUGUUGGGAAACCAGUUGCACCACAUAGUGAUUGGAAACGAUCACAAUUUUUUUUGACUCAUGAAGGGCUUUAUCAGAUAAGCAAAAUUGAGCAAAAACAAUCAGCACAAAGCCUCUCUGGAAGAUCAGGAGAUGCAGUGAAUAUGGACAAAAGGACCAUCGGAGUUGACAUUCCAGAUAUUGUUUCUGUAUCAGCAUGUGCAGAUCUGACUUUACCACCCGGUGCUGGCCUCUGCAUUGAUACAAUUCAUGGGCAAGUUUUCAUGGUUGCUGACUCGUGGGAAUCCCUCGAUGGAUGGCUUGAUGCAAUCCGUCUAGUUUACACAAUAUUCGCACGUGGUAAGAGUGAUGUUCUGGCAGGUAUAAUAACUGGUUGAUCAUUUUCAUUAGAUGUGCUACCAGUGCAUUGUUUUUGUUGAGAUUGUUAACAAGUAAUUUAUUGACAUGUGGUUGCUAGAAUGAAACUAUUGUAUUAUAAAAUUUUUGGGACUGUGUCAUGGUAAAUCCAAUUUUUUCUACGUCAUUGGUUUGGCU